AUGUCUUUUAGAACUGUUGAAGAAGCUGUAGCCGCUUAUGAGAGCGCACCGCCACAACAGGGUUGCCGAGAUCCUGGUUCGAACCUCGCGCGACCACCGAUAUGUGGUGAUCAAGUAUCGCAUUCCUUUGACAAUGAUCUGAAUAAGGCAAAUCACUUAUCAUACAAUAAUUUUGACGACAAUAACCUCGAUGAUUUCAUCCUCUUUCCCAAUGGCGAACUCACAAGUUACGAUCUCGAGUUCGAUGAUGAUUUGUUUGCAUAUCAAGAUGGGGUAGAGCAACUUGCAUCCAUAUCCACAGCGGGGUCCUCCGAUAACCAAAGUCCCUUGCAAUGUCAGAUUACACCUCAAAGAUUGGGUAGUGAAGUGAGAGACCGCUCUUACGAUUUUCCUGGCCAAGUGGAAUAUACUCCAUCUGAAAUGCCAGAACCGGUCCAGACGUCGAUGAAUUCCCAACAUGUACAAACAUUAUCGAAAGCUGGAACAAUCUCUGGAUCAGAUCUCGAAAAUCAUGACCUUGAAAUACAUGAGAGCAACUUGGAGGGACCCACAAAGGUCCACAGACAGAUACUUCCACUUCGACGAUCGACUAGGAACAAGGGAAGUUGUUCAACGGGAGGGACUGGGAACAUAGUUUCCCCUCAUCAAACAACUAAUGAUCUCGAAUCAAUGGUUCAAUGUUACAGUCAACGCCUAGCUGAUUAUCCCGCGAGUCGCAGUUCCUCAAUUUCUGCAGGUGUCGAAUUUACCAGUAAGAAUUUCAGAAGUAAACUAUUCGACAGAGUAUGCGAGACAACAUCAGAGUUUGAGGAUGAGCCCCUGAAUCGAUCGUUCGUCGCCUCAGAAAUCAGAAAAUCUAUACAGGAUAUCUAUCGCGAUUUUGGCUUCAAAGGGGAGACUACGAAAACGGAAAGCUUGGUUGGAGAAUCUAUACUUGAGAUCAUUCGAGACAAAGAUAUACCUUGGAAGGAUAUGAAGCCUAUGAAAAUUGCGGAAUCAGUCUAUAAAAUUUACUUCGAAGCAGGAAACGAUCAGCCUAUACCGCAGAAUAUUUCUUCCAGAAGACACAACACAAGAGCCGCAUUCUCUGAUUCGACACCACGUACAAACAGAAACCCAUCGGUAUUUUCACGUUCAUCUAAGCGUCCUAGCGAUUAUGAAGGUUCCACGAGUAUCGCUUCCUCUUCCAGUAAGCGACCCAAAGUCUCCUCGGACGAAUACAAUUGUUACUACGACGAUUGUAACGCAAGCGUGGAGUUAAAAGGGAUUGGACCCCACAACAAAAUCCAUAAUCCUUAUGAGUUUUUUGCUUGCAUUGUGCCUGGUUGCUUGAAAAUAUUCCCGAGAAAGGAAACUAUGAAAAGUCACCUAAAGACCAAAUCUCAUAAAGGCUAUCUCAAGGGUCUCUCAAAAACUGAAAUGAACAAUAUAUCAGAAAAGAUCAGGGAGAAUACUUUUAUAAUCACAGAUCGAACCCACGACCACUGCGGUUUCUGUGACAUAGAUCUUCUUCGAGGUUCUUGGGAGGAUUGUCGGAGAAGCCACGCCCACAUUAUGAGUCAUCAGAAAUCAUUUCCCCUCCUGCCCUUCCGGCACUCAUGCUCGGACAAAGAUAAGUGUGGAACGAAAGAUCAUUGGAAGACUAGCACCUGCAUCCAACCAAAGAAUCGAAAGCGGGUUCCGUAUAGCGACUAUGAUGACUCUGAUUGCGAAGUACGAUCAGAGAUUGAUGAGGACAACCUUGAUUGUUCAAACAACGGGAAUAGCACGGAGCCACAAGAGAGACCUGUUAUGAAUCUUUAUGCCCAAGGGCCUCGUGCUCAAGACUAUCGUGGGAGCAAUGAUAGCUUCAGUGGUGGUAGUUAUCCAAGAAAUCGGAGCCCAUCUGAAUAUAGAAGUCCAUACCAAAACAAGCAGUCUUCAAGGCUUCGUCCUAUGCUUGAUACAUUGGCCUCUCCUUCAGAUACAGAAUUGGAUAUCGCAAUGUCUAGAUUUCGCGCCGAGGAUCCAGAUUCCGAGCACCGUAACAACUACACCAUUCGGGAUCCCUCACACGAAACUUUGCGGCUUGGUAUGUUGAAGUCUUCAGUAGACUCAUAUAUAACAAUCGCGGAACAAGAAGACGACGAUACGACAACCCAACCAUCGAUGACAUGA